AUGGCUUGGCCCAGCACGGUGCGAGUUAUCUCCCAAAGUUCCCCAGCGGUUGUCUUAGCACCUGGGGUACUAUUACUACUUUGUGUUGAGUCCACACAAGCGCAAUAUUGUGAAAUUCCUCAAUUGCCGUUAGAGAAAUACGAGCAAGACUUUGACGCCAGAUUCAUAUCGACACCUCUAGACAGAAACAUACCCUUGACGCCGGAAUUAAAUCAAGGCGACUGUGGCGUGUCUAAAAACGACCAAUCAAAGCAGAUCGUCAAGGGUCAAGAUGCUCCAGCCAACGCUUGGCCCUGGCAGAUCAAGUUGAUCGGUAGCUCACACAUGUGUGGAGGAUCUAUCAUACAUCGUGAAUGGGUCGUGACGGCAAAACACUGUGCUAAACAAAAUGUUGUUUCAAUCUACUAUGGAAACAUCAGUUUUAAAAAGAGUAAAAUGAUCCGGGCUGUCAAAUAUUUCACCUACCCGUCUAGCGACAUCGCCGUUUACAAACUCUCUUCACCGUUAAAUUUUUCAGACUCCGUGCAGCCGAUUUGUUUGCCUGAAGACAAUGUUUGGGAUACCACGCCUUGUUUUGCCACAGGCUGGGGGUUGACAUCUAUAGAGAAGUAUAUAAUUCCCGACACGCUGCAGCAAAUUCGGAGCAGGAUAAUCAACCAAACCGUAUGCCAGGCUGCCCAAACAUUUAAGGGAUACUUAAGUUAUAGAGGGUUUUAUUACUGUGUACAGUCUGUGGAGUUCCCUACUGGAGAGUACGCCGGCAUCUAUUUGGGAGACUCAGGAGGUCCAUUGAGCUGCUUGAAGAAUGGACGCUACUACCUCGUUGGAGUCGUUAGCAGUGUUAAAGAAUCGGACGGAAGUCUGAUAAGUUUUUAUGCAGCUGUGCCUAGGGCUGUCCCGACUAUAAUUGCCGGCAUGAAAGAAAAUGCCUAGCUCAUUUGUAUGGACCUCAAUAUGGGAACAGGGCAUUACCUCCUGUCAGUUACCUCCAGAUAUCCCCCUGACAAUACCCUCUUGUUCUAUUGGACAUCCCCCCAGUUCAUAGCUUAAGGUACAGUUAGGGAGUGUUGAGAAAUCAGAAAAGG